ACCUUCUUUCGGGCCUGUGGGCGACGAAUAACUGACGGCUGGCUUGUCGUAGACAUAGUGGUGGCUAAAAAGGCUAGAUUCUUCCCAAAAGCAAGUCAACCCAAAGCGCCCGGAACAAAGUUUUUUUAGUGCUGAUCCAAGCUGACCUAAUAUUAUUUAACUCAUCACCAUCUUGACUCGCCCAGUCCUUUUUCCGGUUCUUUCUUGCCCCUCCGCUCGUUUACGUGCAAUUUUUCUACGGUCUAUCGAGGACAAAAGCUCCGCCAGCUCAAUAUUCAAAAAUGUCGACCUUUGGCCAUAUUUUCCGCGUCACAACCUACGGUGAAAGUCACUGCGCCUCUGUAGGAGCAAUCAUCGAUGGAUGCCCACCGGGCCUUAACUUGGAGCCCAGUGACAUCCAAGUUCAGCUCAAUAGACGACGCCCUGGACAAAGCAAUCUCACCACUCCCAGAAACGAAAAAGACUUGGUGCAUCUGCAGUCCGGAAUCGAAUACGGUGUUACCCUUGGAACACCCAUAUCUUUGCUGGUCAAGAACGAGGACCAGAGGCCGCACGAUUACUCAGAGACUGAUCUGUACCCCCGACCGAGUCAUGCCGACUACACCUACUUGGAAAAAUAUGGUAUCAAGGCCAGCAGUGGUGGUGGACGGAGCAGCGCACGCGAAACCAUCGGCAGGGUAGCCGCAGGCGCUAUUGCCGAGAAAUAUCUCAAACUGGCAUAUGGCAUCGAGGUUGUUGCAUUUGUUUCAUCGGUGGGAAAGAUCCAUCUGCCAUCGACUGUCGCAUCUCCAUCCUCUAGUGAUGCAGAUAACGACGACGCUCAAGAUGCAGUAUCCGAGGAAUUCAAGCAUUUAUUGGCAACUGUAACACGAGAACAAGUCGACAGCCAUCCUAUACGAUGCCCACAUCCCGAGACAGCGGAACGUAUGACUCAGCGCAUUGUACGCGCAAAAGACGCGAUGGACUCUAUUGGUGGGACCAUCACCUGCGUCAUCCGUAACGUUCCCCCUGGUCUCGGUGAACCCGUUUUCGACAAGUUCGAAGCUACAUUGGGACACGCCAUGCUCUCCAUCCCGGCCACGAAGGCUUUUGAGAUCGGGUCCGGUUUCAAAGGAACAGAGGUGCCGGGAAGCAAGCACAACGAUCCUUUCGUGAAGCGCGAGGAUGGUCGACUGGGAACAAAGUCUAACUGGAGUGGUGGUGUUCAAGGAGGCAUCACUAAUGGCGAGGAUAUUUACUUCCGGAUUGGAUUCAAGUCUCCAGCUACCAUUUCGCAGGCUCAAGAAACCGCGCAGUAUGAUGGCACUCCAGGAUCUCUUGCUGCGAGAGGCAGACAUGACCCUUGUGUAGUCCCGCGAGCAGUUCCCAUUGUUGAGGCCAUGGCGUGCAUCGUCAUCAUGGAUCAACUACUGAUCCAGAACGCCAGAAAAACGGCCGCGAGUCUUUUGCCGCCAGUGACAACCCUACCGUCAACGAUGGUUUUGCGGAAGAAAACAGCAUGAAACGGCAUGUAUUAUACCUAGACACCUGUCCAGCCAAAUGAAACCUAUACGAAUUGGGCAAAAGAUAAGUAACCAAGAAUGAAGAGUACAGCAAAUUCAUGUCUACUAGUGGAUACACAUACUUGAAAGCAGCUAGACCCGCCAUCAAAAGAGUCACCGUUGUUCC